CACAUGAUGUUUCUGAUGGCUACCGCUGGCCUGCAGGGUGCACUUUGAGAACCUAUGAUUUAGGAUAUAUGAGCUUUUGAAUUCUGGAUAAAUAUCAACUUUCUUGUUUUGGUUUCACCUCAUUGUUUUAAAUGUUCUCCUUUAAAUAACCACUACUCAGACAGGUGUCUUAGAUUAUAUUUAAAACCAACCUGAUUUCCCUGCUGUUAUAGUAGAUACAGAUUCACAAAAACAGGAUACAGCUGCCCCCGUAUUAAUCUUGUGCAUGUCUUCUAGAUUUAGGUUGGAAAUAAAUACUUGUUUCCAUGCAACUUUGUGGUUUUCUGACUGACUCACACACACCCGCACCAGGUCAGUGAGGGGGGAAAACGUGUGAGUUGCUACACUCCCCGCUGCAAAGCAAAUGCAGCCCAGCGGCCACCUGUUGUGACCGUCUGUGUAGUUGUGAGUGCAGCUGUAAACACAGUGAGCAACUACUGCUGAAUGUUGUUCUGCUGUGUCAGCCUCUGGUGAAAUAAUGAGGUGCUACAAGCUGAAGGGCCGGCAAAUGUUUUCAAAUGCAGACUGUUUACCAUUAGCACUGAUUAUGCAGAGGAAAAACCCUCAGAACUACAGUGGCCAAGAAAGGUCAAGAAAGAUAUGAAAAUAGACAAAACACAGAAACAUGCCACUAAUAGUCUUUUAUACAUUUUUUCUUGUCUUUUCAGUGAUUCAUGACUCCACCUCUUGUCUCCUCCACCUGCUGCUAUUGGCUGAGCUGUUUGUCCAUUCGUCAUCUCAUCCCACCCACAGUUCUCCACUCUGUGGCACGUUCAGGUCAAUGAUCCAUCAGGUGGACAAGCUGACGAGUUUACCGAAAAAACUCCACGACUUGACAGAUGAUGGUGAUCUCUUUGAGGGUGUGGAAAACAGAUUGGACAGUCUUCCUAAAAUGCAGCACACUGCGGCCCAUUUCAACUCACUGAAGGUGAAUGAGUCACUCUCCCAGCUGUUCGAGUUCAGUCAGUCCUUCAGGCUGCAUGUUGAAUGGUUGAAAACAGCCAAAGAAAACUUCAGUUUGUCCUCCCAGUCAGCAGAGGACGCCAGCUCUCACCUCCUGCAGCUAUCCAACCUUGUUAAUGCAUCUCUGUCACAGAUGGAAGAAGAGGUUCCUCAGUCUCCAUCUCCCUCCCUCCCUGUCGCCUCCACGGCCUUCGAUGUGCUCCAGUUCUCUGUAGAGAUCUCCAAACGCUUACAAGUGUUUUGUGACUGGUCAAAGAGAAUUUUGUUGCUUCUCCAGAGACUGUCUCACUGCCAUAAACAUUAAGCCUCCAUCUUCAGCACCCAAGCGACUGCAAACGACUUCCCACAAAACCACUGUAAAUGUUAUGGUUUCUACCCAGAGAGGAAUGAUAGACAUGGCAACAUAAGUCAGAUGCUCCACCACUUUGGUUCAGACUGAAAUAUCUCAACAGCUUUUGAAUGUAUUACCAUCAAGUUUGGUGCAAAUAUUCACGGAGCCCAGUGGAUACAUUUGCAUGACUUUAGUGAUCCCUUGACUUUUCUUGUAGCACCUCCCACAAGUCAAAGUUUUCACGUUUCUGGUGAAAUAUUUCAACAAAUAACAGGUUGAUUGCUGUGAAACUUGGUAAAGACAUUCAUGUUGCCUUCAGGAUGACUUGUAAAAACCAGGUCAAAAUUUAAAUGAGUUUCAUACUUUGGUUUAUGACCAUUAGAUUUGUGUUUUGUGCUACUUUAGCAUGCUAACAUUCCAUACUAGGAUGGUAAACAUGGUAAACAUCUGCUUAGCCUCAGUAUGUUAGCAUUGUCAUUGUGGCCGAGCUGAUGUUAGCAUCAGACAAAUAAAAUUAAUAGGAAUUUCAGAAGUCAGUUAAAACGAGAUGUUGAGUUCUAGAUGAAUCUAUUCAGCUGUAAAACAGAAUGUAAGUCUAUCGCACAUUCUUCUAUGUCACAUUUUACAUGUAGCCUUUAAAAAUGUGCCGUACUGAUGCACUGUGCAGAGGCACUGCCUCCUGUGACCUUUACUCCCUUUGAGACUGUUUACAUCCACAGUGCCUGCUAAGUGUUGAUCUACUCAAUGAGCUAAAUGACAAGAAAAUGUUGUGGAACAAUUAAUAUUUUUCUACUGUUGUUUUGUUUUUGUUUGUUUUUUAACCUAUUUAGGAUGCUAUUUAUGAGCUUUUUAUAAUAUAGUGUGAGAUGCAGGCAUCUCAAAUUUUUUUUCUAUGGGUUAUCUAUUAUGUAAUAUUUAAUAAUAUUAAUAAUAAUGUAUUGUCAUACUGUAGUGACUUUAAUUGUACUAUUUAUAUAUUUUAUAUGUUUUGUUUUUGUAAGUUUUACA